GUCACAACUCCCGACAAGUUGCUACGGAGAUAAAAAAAUCUUAGCCUUUCACACAAUGUGGGACCAGCACUGAGGUUCAUCAAGAUUGCUCGGAGAGUGUUCUCAAUCUGAUCCGUUUGGCAAGCAGCUCCAUGCACAAGUGUUGGUGACGACACUCUGAGGGACGCGAAACACUCUCUCUGGAGACCGGCCAGCAACAUAAGAGAGUUUGCCCAAUGCUCGUCUUGUGUAGAAAGAUGUCCAAUCAAUCGUUGUGCAUCUUUACGAACGGCACAGUCACCAUCGAGAGAACCAUCUUCACUCUACUGUACAGCGUGAUCAUCAUCCUUGGGCUCUUCUUCAACGUUGUGGCUCUGUGGAUCUUCCGGGUUCACAUCCAGCAGCGAUCCGGGACCAUCUUCUACAUGAGGAACCUGGCCAUUGUGGAUCUCCUGCUGGUCUGUUUCUUGCCCUUCCGCAUCAUCGCCUAUUACAGCCAGGACAGACUGUCGUGCGAGAUUGCCAGCAUCAUUUUUCUGGUCAACAUGUACACCAGCAUCUUCUUCCUGACCUGCAUUAGUCUGGAUCGCUGCUUGGCCACGGUUUUGCCUUUUAAGGUGCGGAUUUACCACUUACGCAGAGCAGCGCCCUGGGUCAGUGGCUUGGUAUGGUUCCUGACGUUGGGCUGUAGCCUCCCUACGUACCUCAAAUGGAAAUUCAACAGCAACUGGACCAGCGAGCACAAUUGCUUGGAGCCCAUCGUCGUCACCAAGAAUUUACCACUGAUCUUCACCCUCGCCAUUGGCUUCGGGAUCCCCUUCAGUUUGGUGCUUACCAGCUCACUCCUUGCCCUGCUGAAGAUGAGGAAGACCAAGCUGUCACCCAACCUGAAUAUUCGCAAAACUCAGAACAUGAUCCUGGCCAAUUUUCUCGUUUUCACUUUUUGCUUUCUGCCCUACCAUGUUUUCCUGGGCCUUUACCAGAGACUGAAUGCCAAUUGGAUCUGUGGCGGUCAACAGGUCUUCCAAAUAACCCAAAUCCUCGCCAGUGCCAACACCGUCUUCGACCCCGUGAUCUACUACUUCACCACAGAGGCUUUUCAGAAAACCCAUUUGAUGAGGACAGUGCACAACAUGAUUUGUUGCAAGCAUAUCAGGGAAGGGCAGGAAGAGUGCACCGUGCAGUGCAGGGGGACUUACAAGAAAGCAUCAGAAGUCUCCCUCUGUUUGGAGCACUGCAUGAAAUAACCUGCUAUUUGGUGUUAUUUUUCAAGCACAAGUUUGCGCUUUUUCCAACAUUUGUUUCCGUUUUAGUUUUGACUUUUCCUUCUUGAGAAAUGCAAAUAAACUCCCUUCUACUCCCAUUUCACAGACAAGAGUUAGAUGCAGAGUAAAGCUCCCUCUACUCUGUCUCCCAUUAAACACACCCAGGCCAAGAACAGCAUGAGGUUACAUAUAGAGUAAAGCUCUUUCAACUCUGUUCUCAUCAAACACUCCCGAGACAGGGAAAGUACUGGGUUAGGUACAGAGUAAAGAAUCCUCCUCUCAUUUAAACUGAAAGUAAAAUUAUCUCUAAUAUAUUUUCUGAACAAGGAGACUUGAAACGUCAGCUUUCCUGUUCCUCUGAUGCUGCUUGGCCUGCUGUGUUCAUCCAGCUCUCCACCUUGUUAUCUCAGAUUCUCCAACAUCUGCAGUGCCUACUAUCUCUGUAUUAGUACCCCUCUCUGCCAGGCCAAGGAGCACAGCAACAAGCAAGCCCAAAGACACCUCUGUCCCUUACUGCGAUGGGUACCCUGAGCUCAGGAGCAUGGGGCUGAGAGCAAUCAAAAUCGAAGGAGCAACCCGUUCAAUAAUCUAAAAAGGGCUGUAGUUGGAAACAUUGUACAUUGAUGUGAAACACUGACUUUUCCAGGCCACAAAAACUACAUGUGAACAGGAACCCAGUGAACUAAGUCAGAGUCACGAAGAUGUAACAGACCCUUUGGCCCAACUCAACCACAUAUCCUAAAAAAUCUAGUCCCGUUUGCCAGCAGUUGGCCCCAAUUCCUCUAAACCAUUCCUCAUCACGCACCCAUCCAGAUGCCUUUUAACUGUUGUAAUUGUACCGGCCUCCACCACUUCCUCUAGCAGCUCAUUCCUUACACGCACCACCCUCUGUGUGAAAAAGUUCCUCCUUCUGUCCCUUUUAAAUUGAUCCCCUCUCACUUUAAACCUAUGCCCUCUACUUCUGGACUCCUGUACCCUAGGGAAAAGAAUUGGCCAAUCACCCGAUUCAUGUCCCCUCAUGACUUGGGAAGCUUCUAUAAGGUCAGCCCUCAGCCUCCAACGCUCCAGGGAAAAUAGCGCCAAUCUAUUUAGUCUCUCCCUCUACCUUACACUCUCCAACCAUGGCAUCAUCUUUGUAAAUCUUUUCUGAGCCAUUUCAAAUUUCACAACAUCUUUCCUAUAGCAGGGAGACUGGAAUUAAGCACAGUAUUCCAAAAGUGACCUAACCAAUGUCCUGUACAGCUGUUACAUGACCUCCCAACUCCUAUAUUCAAUGCUCUGAUCAAUAAAAGCAAGCGUAUCAGAUGCCUUCUUCACUAACCUGCCUACCUGCAACUCCACUUUCAGGAAACUGUGAACCUGCACACCCAAGGUCUCUUUGUUUGGCAACACUCAGCAGGACCUUAUCAUUAAGAGUGUAAGUACUGCCCUGAUUUGCCUUUCCAUGAUGCAGCACCUCACAUUUAUCUAAUCAUAGUGUCAUACAGUUGUACAGAGUCAUAUGACGUCAACCUAGCUAAUCUCGUUACAAACACUAUGGCAACAUAGGGCUGUUCUUUCUCCUGUAACCUCUCCUGGGGUAUUUUCACACUGGCUCCAAUUCCUCCGACUCAACCUUAGAUGGCGGCAGCUUGCACCGAACCGUGGCCUGCCUCUUACGCCGAGA